AUGGCCAUAAGAUCCUCUGCGAUUUUUCUCGCUUUCUUUGUUUUACUGACUUUUUGGGAUUUUUCGUCAGGAAGAAGAUUUAAACGCCAUGAAAAUGGCAUCAUCGAAUCUGCAAAAGAAGACAUGAAACAAGAAAACCAGUGGGAAGUUCUGGAAAGCAGGGUCAGAAUUCUACAGAUAAAGUCUACAGGUUCUAAGACAACAGAAGAUAUGGAGAACAAAGUCGAUUCCUCUCCCUGGCUGUGGGUCCUGUUACUGAUCACUGUGGUCCAGACCUCCCUGUUUACGGUGGUCACUCUAUACCAGUAUGACAACACAGAGAUCCUCCAGGAAAAGGACCAAGACUUGGACAGCAAAAUCAAGCACCUACAGGCCCUGCUGGAUUAUGACAACAAGAAACUGCAUAAACAAAAAAGGGCGGGAAACUUCAUAGCGGACAUUCUCACUGCCCAGGAGGCUGUUAUAGCCCAACAUUGCAUCGAGAAAAAUAAAACCUGCAUCAAAGGGGACCAAGGCGAUCCAGGGUUACCGGGUAACACAGGAGACAAAGGGGAGAGGGGGAUCCCUGGUGAUCCAGGACUUCCGGGAAAAACUGGCGAUAAAGGCGACCCGGGGCUCCCAGGGGGUAAGGGCGAACAAGGAAUGAAGGGAGAUAUUGGUCCGAAAGGAUUUAUAGGAACUCAAGGUGACAUUGGUCCACGGGGCGCCAAAGGAGAUCAAGGGCUUAGAGGUUCUAAAGGGGAAUCUGGAGUAAAAGGGGAAAAGGGCGAAACCGGAGAACAAGGGAAUCGUGGUCCGAAAGGAACCAAAGGGUCGCCAGGAGAGAAGGGGGCACCUGGAGAGACAGGUGGGCGGGGUCUGAAAGGAAGUAAAGGAGAGCCUGGGCCCCAGGGACCGGCAGGACCAGAUAAUGUUAAAGAUGGCUGUGUCUGUCUCG